AUGACAAGAGUUCUUAUCGACGACCGCUACCGACGACUACAGAAAUUCAAGGCUAAGAUUGAGGAGGACAGAAGAGAGUGUUUCAAGAUCUUCCGAGCUUUUAUCGCCGAGAAUCUGGGAAAGAAGAUUUCAGCUUUAACACUCCUAGAACGUGGAGCAACUUUCAACGCAGCAGACGCUUCAUCCGCUGAGUUUAUUGCCGCCUUUGCGUCAGCCCUCCAACCAACAAAAGCCUCGGAGGAUAAAAAAGAUAAUCCGGCACAAAACAUCAUCGCUGCUUAUGCAACACAAAAAGCGUGA